AUGCCAACAUGAGGAUGUCUAGGACUCCAAGACAGUGCUUCCCCACUUAUAGAACAAUUAACGUAUUUCCACGAUCACACAAUAUUUAUUCUCAUCCUCAUUACUACAUUAGUAGGUUAUAUUCUAAUUAAUUCAGCACUAAACUCACUUAUUAACCGAUUUUUACUUGAAAACCAAGAAAUUGAAAUUAUCUGAACUAUUUUACCUGCUAUUAUCUUAAUCUUCAUCGCCAUACCCUCACUACGGUUACUCUACUUAUUGGACGAAACCAAUAACUCGAGAGUCACAAUUAAAACCAUUGGACAUCAAUGAUACUGAUCCUACGAAUAUUCAGACUUUCUAGAUAUCGAAUUUGAUUCCUUCAUAGCACCCUAUAACAUAGACUCAAAUUUACGACUUUUAGAUGUUGACAACCGAAUCCCUAUCCCCUUAAAUACUCAAAUUCGUCUUAUCAUUUCAGCAGCAGACGUAAUCCAUUCCUGAACUAUUCCUUCCUUAGGAGUAAAAGCCGACGCCAUCCCAGGGCGACUUAAUCAAGUUAGGUUUCUUCUAAACCGACCCGGCCUAUUCUACGGUCAAUGUUCCGAAAUUUGUGGCGCUAACCAUAGAUUUAUACCAAUUCUAAUUGAAAGAAUUUCGGUAGACUCUUUCUUGAACUGAGUUUCUAGAAAUUCAUAA